CGCCGCUUUAAGAAGCUGCUCCGCGGCAGCGAGCGGGGGCUGGAGCCGCAGCCAGAACAAGCGGACUGAGCCCAGCCGGCAGGUGCACGGCUGCGGGGACAGCAGCGGCAUGACCGGCUGGGGCUACGGCCAGGACGACGGUCCCUCAAAUUGGCACAAGCUGUAUCCCAUUGCCCAGGGAGACCGCCAGUCACCCAUCAACAUCAUAUCCAGCCAGGCUGUGUACUCUCCCAGCCUGCAGCCGCUGGAGCUUUCCUACGAGGUCUGCACGUCCCUCAGCAUCACCAACAAUGGCCACUCUGUCCAAGUAGACUUCAAUGACAGUGAUGACCGAACCGUGGUGACUGGGGGUCCCCUGGAAGGGCCCUACCGCCUCAAGCAGUUCCAUUUCCACUGGGGCAAGAAGCACGAGGUGGGCUCGGAGCACACGGUGGACGGCAAGUCAUUCCCCAGCGAGAUGCAUUUGGUUCACUGGAAUGCCAAGAAGUACAGCACCUUUGGGGAAGCGGCCUCAGCGCCUGAUGGCCUGGCUGUGGUCGGCAUCUUCCUGGAGACGGGGGAUGAGCACCCCAGCAUGAACCGCCUGACAGAUGCACUCUACAUGGUUCGGUUUAAGGGCACCAAGGCCCAGUUCAGCUGCUUCAACCCCAAGUGCCUCCUGCCUGCCAGCCGGCACUACUGGACCUAUCCAGGCUCCCUGACCACGCCACCCCUCAGUGAGAGUGUCACCUGGAUUGUGCUCCGUGAGCCCAUCAGUAUCUCUGAGAGGCAGACCACAGCUCUCUCAUCCUGCCCUGAGUGUCCCUUCUGCCUUCUCAAGAUGGAGAAGUUCCGGAGCCUGCUUUUCACCUCAGAGGAUGAUGAGAGGAUCCACAUGGUGAACAACUUCCGGCCUCCACAGCCACUGAAGGGCCGUGUGGUCAAAGCCUCCUUCCGGGCCUGAGCUCCUCACCUGCCCAGCUGGCCACUAGGGCAACAUCUUCCCAAGGGCUUCCAUGUCAGCAGACACCAAACCAUCUGAGGCUCCCUGCCUGGGGUUGCUGUGGAACCCCCUUCAGCUGGCUUGCUUCUUGGCCACCCUGGAGGGUUUUUGAUGGGACCCACAAGUCAGGGGUACCCUUCAGCUGCCCUGGGGACCAAAAGAACAGAAGCUGAACAGUGUCCAAACCUGGGGCUGCCUGUGUUCUCCAAGACCCAAAGGCCCCUGGGAACUUCCUCUUAUCUUCCCUACUGGUAGUGGCAGCAGCCCCACCCUGAACUCACACUGUGAUGGACAAGACCGAGCUUCCCAGGGCAGGCAGCUGGCACUGCCAGGAAGAUGCAAGCAAUAAUUAGAGGUGGGCAGAGCUGCCCUCUCAGCAUUACCUCUUCUGCAGGCCUCUGCCAUGCACGCACCUCACUGCCAGGCCAUUAAAAUCAGCACUGAGCCUGCUGGAGGUGACGUGGCCUUCUCCCUCUAGCCACCUGCUACCAUGAGCAGGCCCUGGCUACAGCUUAUAUAUUAUCUUCCUUUGUUCCCUCCCAGCCACCAAAGCUACCUACAUGACAGUCCAUCCAUGUAUUAAGAAUAAAUUCAUUUAUCCAUGCAACAAA